CCGAUCGGGUCGUUCGUGAGCUCGCCCACGUCGCCGUUGCACAGGAUGGACGCGAGGGUGAAGCAAGCGUGGUUGGCGGCGCUGUUGCUGCUUCCGGCGAGCGGAAGCGUGGAUGAUAAGAUUGCGACGUGCGCGUUGUUGACGGCGACGACUGUGGCGGCGUUGCCGCGGAGAGUGUGGAGACCGCAGUUGCAGUCGUUGAUGACGGUUUGCGCGGUGUUUUUCGUCGCGGUGGCGAUCGGAGCGGAUUCCGUGGCGCCCGUGGUGUCGACCAGGGAGCCUCCGGCGAGUUUAGAGGGGUUGGAGGGGUUACCCGAGCUCGCGAGCUCGUACAAGUACGUGUUGUUUCAUCUCGGGCCGCUACAGCUGACGAGGAAAGGGAUCAAUUUAGCUGUGACGUCGUCGGCGAUGACGUUUACGGUGUUACAAAGCGCGCAUUUAGCGCUGUGUGUGACGACGCCGGAGGCCAUGGCGGCUGGGUUGCGCUGGUAUCUCGCGCCGCUUCGCGCGCUUCGCGUGCCCGUGGAGGAGGUAAUUUUCACCCUGUUGCUAUCGCUUCGCUUCACCUCGAUCGUUUUCGAGGAAGUGCGGAAUCUGAGCUUAGGAUUAGCGGCGCGUGACAUCGACUGGCGCGCGCUCGGGUGGCGCGGAAGCGUAGAUUUAUCGGGGCGAUUGUUGGAACGGCUUUUAGACUCGCUCUUCGCCAACUCGGCGGCGAUUAGCGACGCCGUGAUAUCGAGAGGGUACAAAGACGCAGCGAGCCAUCGAUUG